AUGUUACCGAUGCUAAUAAUUUCCCGUAUUCUGUUGAAAAUUUCCCAAUUCAUUUGUUCCGCUUUUGUGGUUUAUUGCUUAUAUAAUAUAGGUCCACAAUGGAUGCUUACAUUAUCUUGUCUUCUAGUACCUCCUCUUGGCACUUAUUUGAUACUGCGAUCACCAAAUCAAAAGAAUCGAUGCGAUAGGUACUACAGUAUGGUAGAAAGAAGCUGGCUGCGAGUUGAAAUUACAAUAUGUUUCACAAUGGCUGUUGUUUUCUUAGGUUUCGGCAUCUUAUUACUCUACGGUUUCUUCAAGUUGAUGGAUAACUUGUUCUUCCUGCUGGCUGGACUCAGUUCGAUUUUCACUGCACUAUUAUACAUGAUCAGUGGAAUUGUUGCUGUUGGUUUAUUACGACAAAAUAAUGUGGAUAUUGAAAAAGCACCAAAACAGAUCUCUUGCACUGCAAAAGAUGACCUUAAUUGUUUUCCAAUAUCAGUGAUAAAUGAACAGCACGGUAAAAUAGUGCAACAAACUGAAGAAUUGGAAGAGAAACCGAUAUUAUCGAUUAAAAAUACUUCAGCCAAAUUAAUAAAUAAUCAAAAUGCAUCAUUUUCUGCUGAUCAGCGACCUGAAAUAAAUCAACAGCAUGUAAUCGAUUAUAUUGAAGAGGAACUGGACCAAAACUUGGAUAAUGAAACUAAGAGCCAUGACAACAACAGCACGGAUUACAACAUUAACCAUUGCAAAAAUCGUAGCAAAAAUGAUGCUAACAGUGUUGUGACGGUAGGCCCAAAGGAGCGGUAUCGAUAUGCACCAGCUAGAAAUAGUAAUAUCUCAAAAUCUAGUGCUCCAUGUAAUCAGAAACUUCAUCAGCGGUCUGCAGGCAUUUGGAGUCAAGUUUCGAGACGUAAGAUGACACGGAUUCCGUUGAUUGUUUCUGCUGAAGCAGAAGACUUUAAUGAAAAUCAUCAUAUUGAACAUUUCAAUGCUCAUUUCUUGGCUACUCAAAAACAUGGUCCAUUACUUGUCCACAGAAUAGCGAAUGAUACGAAGUCAGACACUACUGUAUGUGCUAUCCAUCCAGUUGAGAUAUUGCAUCGACAGCAUCACUGUCCUAGUAAAACUGCUGAGGAAUGUGAAAUUAUUAUUCGAAGUCGUUACUCGAAAGGAAAAGAUGAUAGUUCCAGACACAGUGUCUAUGAAAGAUCCUUGGAUGAUGACAGCACAUCUGGCUCAAUUGUUGAACCAGUUUACUAUUACAACAAUUCAGUGCAAAUGGAGCUAGAGAAUCUUGAUUUAGCCAUUCAGCCGGAGCUGCAUCUCGUACAACUACAGGCUCAAAAGAUUCCAGAUUACAGUUAUAGUGGUUCAGAUGACUUAAGUUUGCAGCAAAUGUCCGUUAUACCAUCACAUAGUUGUGGUCAGCGAGGAAAUGGUAAAGGAAGUCAGCGUAGAUGCUUUUUAAAACAUGAUUAUCGUCGUGGAUCAAGAGAUAUUCAGCAUCUAUCCUAUAUCACGCACAAAGAAUCAGAUGAUGAAGACUCACCAUCGCCUACUAAUUAUAGGAAUGCUGUCAGGAGUAGGCAAAAGAUAUCGCAAAAGCGAGAAUCGGUAGAUCCCUCCUGUAUGCCAACGAUUGUAACAGCCAUCGAUUCAGGCCGUGAAUCGGACAUCAUUCGGAAAAACCCCCCGAGACGAACGAAUUCAAGAGACAAGAAAAUGAGGAAUAGAGGAUUUGACGUGGUAAUCAGAGCACAAAAUGAUGGCGAACGUUUCGGAAGUCGACGAAGGACCCUGAGUGCUUCAAACUCUUCGCAUAAUAAACUUGUUGAAGCUUAUCUUGUCACGGAAUUCUGA